GUGCAAUCUACACUGCUGAAUACCUUUACCAGAGUGGCUUGAACUUUGCUCACUACGUUCUCCCGUCAUCAGGGUCAGGCAGGCUGAUGGGAUGUAUACUUAAAAACACACACAGGCUUAGAAAUCCCCCGUGCACACUAGUUAGGCCAGCUGAGAGGAGCGGCAGGGAGGUGCAGUGGUGUUGCUAGUAGACAAGGAAGCAGAACAUCCAGGAUGGCUGGAAGGAGACGUGGCCGAGGCAGCAAUGUCCAGCAACAACAGGCCCCACAGAACCAAAGAGGAGGCUCUCGCAGGGCUCUGCGGGAGCCAGCUGCUUUUGCCAAGUCUACAGGUUGUGAAUCAGAGAUCCCCCGUGAAAAGCUGACCAUUGCCCAAGCACGGAGGGGCACACCAGCUCAUCGUCCUGUGCGAGUCUACGCUGAUGGGAUCUUUGAUCUUUUCCAUUCGGGGCAUGCUCGAGCUCUGAUGCAGGCCAAAAACGUGUUCCCCAACACAUACCUGAUAGUAGGAGUCUGCAGUGACGAACUCACCCACAAGUUUAAGGGCUACACGGUGAUGACAGAGAACGAACGCUACGACGCCCUGAGGCACUGCCGUUACGUUGACGAGGUGGUGCGGGACGCCCCCUGGACACUUACCACAGAGUUCCUCAAGAAACAUAAGAUUGACUUUGUGGCCCAUGAUGAUAUCCCUUACACCUCUGCUGGAUCAGAGGAUGUUUAUAAACACAUCAAGGAAGCAGGGAUGUUUGUGGCCACUGAGAGGACAGAAGGCAUCUCCACAUCUGAUCUGAUCACUCGUAUCGUCCGAGAUUAUGACAUCUAUGUUCGACGCAACCUGCAAAGAGGCUACACAGCCCGAGAACUGAAUGUUGGAUUCAUUAAUGACAAGAAAUACCGGCUCCAGAACCAGGUGGACAAGAUGAAAGAGACUGUCCGUACAGUGGAGGAAAAGUCUAAACACUUUGUUUACAGAGUGGAAGAGAAGAGCCAAGACCUCAUCCACAAGUGGGAAGAGAAGUCGCGAGAAUUCAUUGGCAACUUCCUGGAGCUUUUUGGACCUGAUGGAGCCUGGCAUGCGAUCCAGGAGCAGAGUGGCCGUAUGCUCCAGGCCCUGUCACCUUACUCCUCACCCCGUGGCUCCCCCAGCAGCAGUCCCACCAGAAGACGCUCAGUUUCUCCUGACUCCUAUCCUGCCUCUGCCUCUGCCUCCACCUCACCAUCCCCAUCCCCCUCUCUCUCCCCUUCUUCCUCUCCAUCCUCCCCCUCCUCGACUAAAAAGGGGACACGCUCCUCUCUCAAAGCUGCCUCCACAAACAGUAGACAUGUACAAUGAGUUCAUCAUGCUUUGGUCAUCUUUAUUGGUCUUCUUACGGGCUUUUAGUCAUUAAUCUGGAAUAUAAUAUGUCUAAGGAGGCGAUUAAUUAAAAUGAACAAAUAAAAAGGAAGUACUUUACUACGGGUUUAUUCAAGUGCAAGUGCAAUAUGUCAUGAUGUACAUAAUAUUUCUUCACUGAAAAAAGGAAGAGAACAUUAAAAUUUUGCUUGGA